UAAAACAGGAGAGAGAAACAACCAAAAAGGAAAAAUAAGCCCAAAACUCCUCUCCCGAUUGCAGCACCGCGAUCUCCUUUCCUUCCCCUCCCCGAUCAGUGUUUUGGCCACCAGUUGUCGAGCCCAAGGCGGCGAUCGACGCUCCGAGCGACAGCGACCUUGAAUCCGGCCACCCAUUCAACGAUCGAACCCUGCUCCACGCGAAACAAGGCUCUCUCCUGCGACGCUGCUACCUCCUUCAAAAGUUCUCUCUUUCUCGAGUUUCCGGCGAGCUCAAGCAUUUCCGGCGAUUCUCUGUACUCAGAGAAAUUGAUUGCUGUUGGACCAAUCUCACACGGGAGCUUCUCCUCCAGCUGAUUCAGAGCUUGCAAAAUGUCAUCUACAGGCCCUGGACUUGAGUCUCUUGUAGAUCAAACAAUUUCAGUUAUCACCAAUGAUGGCCGCAAUAUAGUGGGAAUCUUGAAAGGCUUUGAUCAGGCCACAAAUAUUAUCCUCGAUGAAUCUCAUGAACGUGUUUACUCCACUAAGGAAGGUGUUCAACAACUUGUUCUGGGUUUGUACAUAAUACGGGGUGACAACAUAAGCAUUGUAGGAGAACUGGAUGAGGAGCUGGAUUCACAUCUUGACUUGUCAAAUCUAAGAGCUCAUCCUCUGAAGCCUGUCAUCCAUUGACCAACUAUGGUUAUUGUAGAGCAGAUGAUAGUACAGAAUCUUACAUCUUUGGUAACUUAUUGUACGGAAAUGAAAGUAAUGAUUUUUGUUCUUACUGCCGCAACAGUGUAAUUUCCAAUGCUUGUAGAACUAGAUUUAAUUUAAUCAGAAUUCUGCUAGUACUUGGUUUCUCUUUAAAUUGUUAGCAUGGCACUUUCUUUCUAUUUAGACUUAUAUGGUUAGAUUUGA